AUGAACGCCUCCUCUUCAAUGCACCAGCAGCAGCUCUCGCUGUCUUCGGCCACCUCCUCUCUCCAGUCUUCUCCCCCUACCAAGAUUGUGCCACCGGCGCCUGUCAGCGUCAAGACGCCCUCGACCGACGCUCUCCUCAAAGACUUCACCCUCUUGGCCGAGGCAGCCAAGCGCGCCCAGGUGGCCGUCAUGAUGCGCGACUUCGAAAACGUCAUGCUGUAG